UUGCGGAGGGACGCGGCUCUCGAGAGGCGAGGAGCGCUCGGCAGGGGCAGAAGGGCUCGCUUGCGAUCUGGCAGCGGCAGGAGCAGCAGCUCUUCCUGGUCGGCGGUCGUCAUGGAUGACCAGGGCUGCCCCCGGUGCAAGACCACCAAGUACAGGAACCCCUCCCUCAAGCUGAUGGUCAACGUCUGCGGGCACACGCUCUGUGAAAGCUGCGUGGAGCUGUUGUUUGUCCGGGGGGCUGGGAACUGCCAAGAGUGUGACACCCCUUUGCGGAAGAGCAACUUCAGAGUGCAACUCUUUGAGGACCCAGCUGUUGACAAGGAGGUGGAAAUCCGGAAGAAGGUGUUGAAAAUAUACAAUAAAAGAGAGGAUGACUUCCACAGUCUAAAGGAAUAUAAUGAUUUCCUGGAAGAAGUUGAAGAAAUCGUGUUCAACCUGACCAACAACAUUGAUGUGGAGAAUACAAAAAAGAAAAUGGAGAUGUACCAAAAAGAGAACAAAGAAGUCAUUCAGAAAAAUAAAAUCAAACUGUCUCGGGAGCAAGAGGAGCUGGAGGAGGCCCUGGAGGUUGAACGUCAGGAGAACGAGCAAAGGCGGCUUUUUAUACAGAAGGAGGAGCAAAUGCAGCAAAUGCUGAAAAGGAAGAACAAACAGGAACUUCUGGAUAAGUUGGAAAGUUCUCAUCUGCCUGCUUCUUUGCUGUUAGCCCAACACAAAGACCGGUCUUCACAACUGGAAUUGCAACUGGAGAUUCCCCAACCGGUCAAGCCGGUUGCAUUUUCAACGGGCAUCAGAAUGAGUCAGCAUAUUUCAUUAGCGCCUGUUCCAAAGCUUGAGGAAGUCCUAUAUAGCUAUCAGCCAUUGCAAGUGGAAACCUAUGGGCCGCCAGUUCCAGAGGCUGAGCUGCUGGGAAAAUUUGGGUAUCUAAACCACGUCCGAGCUGCCUCCCUGCAGGAUCUUGCUGGUGGCUACACUUCCUCCCUGGCUUGUCAUCGAGCCCUUCAAGAUGCCUUCAGCGGGUUGUUUUGGCAUCCCGGUUAGCUUGGGAGUAACUGACACUGGAGCGGAGUGAGUGGAGCAAAACCUCAGGUGAAAAUUGCUGCCGUCUGCACAAGAGCUAAGCUGCCGUAAUCUCUCUUUCUCUUAAAAAGGAAAAAUUGUGAAGCCAGCUGUGCAUAUGUAUUAAAAUUCACUGUACAGAAACUUUCUUUAAACAUGGUGGCCGUGUGUGUUCUUUGUGUGUUGAGUAAGGGUGGGACCAAGGAACGCUGUACGUCGCUUUGCAGAACGGCUAAUGGAAGAUGUGAAUAAUCAGUUUGUUUUGUGUGCUUGAGGUUUCAGAAACAAACUUGUAAAAAGUUUUAAAAUAAAUCCAGAUUUUUUAUUAUUAAA